CAACAACCAUUAAUUCCGUGCAUGCUGUUGCGCCGCCUGCCUCUCCUCGGUCGUCCUCUCUGCAUCCAUCGAACCAUCAUGACAACGCCAGCCGCCGCCGACUUUGAAGGCGAAAUCAUCAGCGAAGGCCGCGCCAAGAUCCUGUUUCCCAAGGGCAACCAAGUGUUCUACAACAAGGUGCAAGUACUCAACCGCGACCUCUCCAUCGCCGUGAUCAACCAGUUUGCGCACGAACGGGCCAAGGAAACCAUCCUUAAGCAGCGGAAGCGUGAAAAGAAUGACGCGGUGCCCACGGUCGACGAAGUCCAAGCGCAUGUCCGCGACAACGCCGACACGAACGGCCUCAAAAUCUUCGAGGCGCUGGCGGCCAGCGGCCUUCGCUCCAUUCGGUACUUGCAGGAAAUCGAGGGCGUGCAAUCGAUCCUCGUCAACGACUUGGACCCUGCCGCCGUCAUCUCUAUCAAGCGCAACAUCGAAUACAACCAACUGAGCACGGACAAACUCAUCCCGAACGAAGACGACGCAACGUCCGUCAUGUACAGCCAUCGCAAGGAAGCCGACAACUUUGACGUGAUCGACCUGGAUCCGUACGGGUCGGCGUCCAUCUUCCUCGACGGCGCCGUCCAAGCGAUUGCCAACGGCGGCCUUCUUUGCGUCACGUGCACCGACAUGCCCGUGCUCUGUGGCAAGGACCCUGACGUUUGCUUUUCGCGGUACGGAGUCGUGCCAUACAAGUCCAACUACCUCCACGAAAACGCCCUCCGCAUGGUGCUGCACUCGAUUGAAUCCGCGGCGGUCAAGUAUCAAAAGCACAUUGUGCCCAUCAUUUCUUGCAGCAUUGACUUUUACGUGCGCGUGUUCGUCCGUGUGUACAAGUCCCCUGUCAACGUCAAGGCGUCUAUGACUAAACAGUCGUACGUGUACCAGUGCACCGGGUGCGACAGCUUUCACUUGCAAUCGCUUGGGAAAUUCAACGGCAAAACGUACCACGCGUCGUUCGUGGAACCGGAUGUGGUGGGCAGUGGCAAGUGCGAUCAGUGUGGCCGACGCUUCAAGAUGUCUGGUCCGAUCUGGUCGGCGCCCCUGCACAACAAGGACCUGGUGCUCAAGAUCCGCGACAACGUGCUCAAGAAUCCCACCAAGUACCCGACCAAGGACCGGCUCCACGGCCUGCUCACGUCCGUGUCGGAGGAGGUGCAGGAGGACGCGCCGCUGUACUACACGCUGCCGGGGCUGUCCAAGACGCUCCACUGCCAGCAGCCCCGCAUGGACCAAGUGCAAGUGGCGCUCAUCAACGCCGGGUACAACGUAUCGCAGUCGCACAAAGUGCCCGAAGCCGUCAAGACGAACGCCCCCAACCACGUCGUGUGGGACAUCAUGCGCUCGUGGGUGAAGAAGCAUCCGAUCCAUAAAAAGGCAAGUCUAUAUAUAUAUAUAUAUAUGGUCAGUUUACGAAUGAACGAUCGAUCGACGUAGCGAGUAAACGACAACCACGACGUGGGCGUCAACAUUUUGGCCAAGGAGCCGGCAUUUGAAGCGCAAUUCUCGGUACAAUAUACACCCUUGGAAUACUGUAUUGCGUGGAUGUGACGGUGGUGACUAGGGCAAGCGUCCAUCGGCCGACAAGGAAAAGGCGCUGCGCUUCCCCAAGAACCCUGAAGCCCACUGGGGCCCCAAGAGUCGCGCACGGGGCUUGGCACCGAGUGAGCUGGCGAACGUUGUGGGUAGGUGGUUUUGUCAGAUGGAAUUGGUUUGAAUACGCGGCUGUGUUGUAGAAGCUCACCAAGAACCCGAGGCCAAGAAGCCUAAAGUGGACGAGUAGAUGAUGGAGUUAGCAAUAUGCGACUAAAACAAGUAUACAAACCUUCUACUUAUUCCGGAA